CUGCUCAUGAAAAUAAAUCACACUCAUUCCAGUCUCUGGACACUAUUUUUUGAGGCACUGUGUCAUCUGUCCAUCCCACCUUUCCCGAGCUUAAACCUUGGCCAAGUCCUUGCCCUUCAUGAUUGCCAGAUCAAUUCUCAACUUGUCUGUCUCACAGAUUUUGGUGAUAAAUAUGGACGUAUUGAAUGACUAACUCGUCUUAUUUUGUCCUUCCUCUUUUUGGACAAUUAACAAAGAUGUCAAAAUAUAGCUUUAUAUAUAUCUAUGUAUAUCUAUGUAUAUCUAUGUAUAUCUAUGAUGUUUACAUUUAUGUAGGAUUAUGGGUAAAGCCGUGUUUUUGUCUCUCUCUUACCAGCACUAUGAGGGUGCUGCUCACCCUGAAGUUAGUAGUUUAGUCAUUUGCAAUAAAUCCUCAUUGAUGCACUGCCACCAGCAGUGAGUGGGUGUGCCCAUGCAUGUGUGUUUGUCUGCAUAUAAAGGUACAGCUCUAAGAAAAGGGGCCCUGGAGACAGGUGGGCUAAGUCGAGAGGUCGAUUUGACAAAGAUGAGUUUUUUUCGGGGGUAGCUGGGGGAUGGGAAUGAAAAGAGUGACUGUGGGAGCAUGUGAAGGAGAGGAGGGGAGUGGUUUAGGCCAUAGGAGGAGAAAGGCAUUAUUACUCAUGCCUGACUGCUCUCACAUGGGGGAUGGUUUUGCCCCCUUUCUCUGUGUCUCUCGAUCUUCUCUUUUGCAAUGAAUGUCAUGGGGAGAAAAGUUCAAAGGCUAGGCUUGAGUGAGAAUCUUUGAACCCCUUCCCCCUUUUUCAGACAUGUUCUUUUUCAGCCAUGGAAAUCGGUUUGAACUUUUUUGACAUGCCAUGGCCACUUCAUACAAACCGCUGGUCCUUCAUUCAGGUCGCCAUCAGCCUUUGUCUGUCUUUUUCUUUCUCUUUGAUUACGUUUUUUAAUCUCUAUUUCUGUUGCCUCUUCUACUCAUUUGCUUUUUCCAGAAAGAGUUGGGAAAGAGAAGUCUUGUUCUGGCGCCCUGUCUGCUUUUCAUUCUUGCUCUCUUCCUCACUUGCUCGGUCUGCUCAUUUUUCCCUUCUCUCUCUUUCCAUCCCCCAGUUCGUUUUUCCCCUUCCUUGUCUCUAAUAAGUUCCAGAUGUGUUUCUUGCAUUCCUUUAGUCAGAGCUGAGGGGGAGGGGUCACUGAAGAGGAGACGGAGAGGAGAGAAGCAUGGAGGGCGAGGGGUAAGAGCGAGCGGGAGAGAGAUGCAUUAAAAGAGAGCAGCACUUAAUGAAGAGACACUGUUCUGCUGACACUUUGCUGAGAGUCUCCUCUGUCAUGUGUGUGCAUACACGUAUCUGUGUGUGCAUGUAUGUCUGUUAGAUUUUUUUUUAUUUUUGGACUCCUCUCCCAUUGGUAGCCCCCUACCCCCACCGCAAUGGAAUGUGGCUGAUGAUGGUGAUGUCAUUUCUCAUUCUCUGAACUUUUCAAGUCGGGGAGGGCUGCUAGACCAAACUGUCCAAUCAGCUAGCCUGCAGGGGCAGAAAAAGUUGCGCAGUCCUGGAGCCAGCUAGCCAGCCAACAAUAAAGGCAUUGUAACUGCACAUCCAAUGAGGUCGCCGUGAGCCAAAAUAUCAUGCAGUUAGAUGGCUGACCAAUCAACCACUAAUGGAACAUUGUGCAUUGUACUGAUUUUAAGAUCUCAGUUGCAAACUGUAGAGAUGCCUGGAGACACUAAGUUGUCUGGCUCAAUGAGACUUUAAUGACUUUCAGCUUGUUAUUCAUGGUCAAGAAACUUAGUCACCACAGUUACUCAUGUAUUUAUGCAGAGGUGAAUUCCACAAAUGUGUGUAGGGGAUUUCUUUCUUUAAAAAGAUUAUUGUUUUUUCUUUUGUACAAAUUCACAGUUUUGUGUCUUUACUUCAUUUGGUAUGAGGGAUGUUUGUCCAUACAUAUACACAUGUGCACACACAUACACUCAGGCAAUCUUUGCUUCUUGAUAUUUAUUUGGAGCGCGUGCUGUUUAGUGCUCUGGGCGGAUAUCUGUAAGUUAUUAUCUAAUACUUUAUGUCUCGGUCCAUUUGGCGUUGGCCGUUUAGUUUUCCCAUGCUGACCCUUGAGGUUGCCAUGACCACACUGUGUGUAUAUUGUGUCAAGGUUUCUGCAGUGGCCAUGGCAACAACAGCCUCUGCAGUGGCUCACGUGAAUAAGCGACAUUAAAAUCGACGAGGAGAGAGAGUGCGAAGCGGAGAGGAACACGUUCUGUUUCUAUAGCAACGGCUGGGCUGCGUGGAUAGAGGGACAAAGAAAGAGAAGCAAGGGACGAAGAGAAAGAAGGAUCGAGAGAGAACGGGGACGAGAGAAGAGAGUGCGUGUAUGUGAUGGUGUAUAGAGGGAUGGAAAAAGUGAGAGAGAAAGUCAUAGAGGAAAAGCAAUGGCCAAAGCUGCAGACAAAAGGAGAUAACUGGAGGAAAAUUGUUGCAGAGAGAUGUGGAUGGCCCGGUUCUCUCAGGAGCCAGCAGAUCAGUCGGUGGUUCUGGGUCAAAGAGUGGUCCUGUCCUGCGUGGUCUUCAAUUACUCAGGCAUUGUGCAGUGGACCAAGGAUGGGCUGGCUUUAGGCAUUGGAGAAGACCUUCGAGCUUGGCCGAGGUACCGUGUGUUGCGGCUGGUGGAUGUGGGGCAGUACAAUUUGGAGAUCUCGUCUGCUGAACUCUCCGAUGACUCUCUCUAUGAGUGCCAGGCUACAGAGGCUGCCCUGCGCUCCCGCAGAGCCAAACUCACUGUUCUCAUUCCCCCAGAUGAGCCGGUUAUUGAGGGUUCCCCAGAGAUCCUUCUCACUGCAGGGGUUACCUACAACCUGAGCUGCGUGUCGCGUGGAGCCAAACCCCCUGCAGUUAUAGAAUGGCAAAAAGACGGGCUGCCUGUAGAGGGGGCAGUCAGCACAACGGAGGUGCUACCUGACAGGAAGCGAGUGACCACGCAUAGCUUCCUGCCCGUUGUCCCAGUGGAUACAGACACAGGAAAGAACUUCACAUGUGUGGCCAGCAACCUGGCCGCACCCUUGGGCAAACGCACCGCUAUCACCCUCAAUGUGCACCAUCCUCCUGUGGUGGUGUUAUCCAUUGAACCACGUUCUGUGCUGGAAGGAGAGAGAGUGACAUUCACCUGCCAAGCCACUGCCAAUCCCCCAGUUAUGGGCUACAAAUGGGCUAAGGGCGGUGUGGUCAUCCAGGGUGCGAGAGAGAGUGUGUUUGUCACUAAAGCUGACCACUCUUUUUUCACCGAGCCUGUUUCUUGCCUAGUGUUCAACGCUGUGGGGAGCACCAAUGUCAGCAUACUGGUGGAUGUCCACUUUGGCCCUAUCUUGGUGGUAGAGCCAAAGCCAGUGACAGUGGACAUGGAUUCUGAUGUCACAUUGAACUGUAAGUGGGCAGGCAACCCCCCUCUCACACUCACAUGGACAAAGAAGGGGUCCAGCAUGGUGCUGAGUAACAAUAACCAGUUGUAUUUGAAGUCAGUGAGCCAGGCUGAUGCUGGCCAAUAUGUGUGUAAAGCCAUAGUGCCCAGGAUUGGAGUCGGAGAAACAGAGGUCGCUCUCACUGUUAAUGGUCCCCCCAUUAUAUCCAGUGAGCCAGUCCAGUAUGCAGUCAGAGGAGAGAGAGGCGAGGUCAAGUGUUACAUCGCAAGCACUCCUCCUCCCGACAAGAUUGUGUGGGCGUGGAAGGAGAACGUGUGGGACAAAGAGAAAGGGACUCUACCAGAACGCUACACGGUGGAGCAGAGUAAGCCGUCCUCUGAUGGAGGAGCAGUGCUGUCUACUCUCACCAUCAACAAUGUCAUGGAGUCCGACUUCCAGUCCACCUACAACUGCACAGCCUGGAAUGCAUUCGGCCCAGGAACCAUGAUCAUCACUCUGGAAGAGACUGAAAUCGUUCCAGUUGGUAUCAUUGCUGGCAGCACUGUAGGCUGCUCCAUUCUGCUAUUGCUCUGUCUGCUGGCAUUAGUCCUGUUCCUAUAUCGUCAGCGGAAAGGAAGUCGCCGCGGGGUGACACUCGGCAAACCAGACAUCAAGGUGGAGACAAUAAAUAAAGAAACCCACAGCUUAGAGGAAGACUCAGCCAGCGUCUCCACAGCAAGCCGCAUGGUCAAAGCUAUGUACUCGCCUUUUAAAGAUGACAUCGAUAUCAAACCGGACCUACGCAGUGACACCUUGGACACACGUCAGGACUAUGAGAUCAAGGACCCUACAAACGGAUAUUACAACGUGCGAGCCUCGACCCAUGAUGAAGGUCGUCCUGCCUCCCGCUCCAUGCACUACUCUGACUAUCGGACCUCUACUGCACCAGGCGGUGCUGCAACUGUUAGUGGUAGCUCAGGCAGCGGAGCCACAGCAGGUCCUGGAACACCGAGCAGCUUGGCUCCUGGGUCACGAGCCGGCUGCUACGACCCUCGACCUCCUUCCAGACUCAGCUAUGCCCAGUUUAACACCUUCAGCAGACCAAGUCAGUCUCAGCAGCCUCCACCUAGCUCCGGGCCUCAGACAGGCGACUUUCCAGCUGAAUGCAGUCUCCUAGACUCGACACCACAGUUACCAUACGAGAACUACAGCUACCCAUCGCACUACCCCACGUACCGUCUUGGCUUUGCUCCUCCCAGCCUCGCUCCAUUAGAAAGCGGCGCAGCGUAUGAGAUGUACAGCGUGGGGCCGGGUGUGGGCGUCGGAGGCACUGCUGCAACCCCGGAGAGCGGACUCGGGAAGUACGGUAGCUCCACACGCUUUUCCUACACCUCGCAGCAUUCCGACUAUUCCCACCGACACACACAGAGGAUGCAGACGCACGUGUGAAGGAGGAGCAUAAUGCCACACUGCGUUGCUCUUCCUCACUAUAGCACACACACUUGACCACAUGCACACAAACAUACACAGGAGGAAGUUGUAAAGAAAAGGAGAAUGAGUAGUAGGAAUCAGAUCAGAAAGCAUAGAAGAGAGAGUGGGAGGGAAAUUGAGAGGUGAAGGAAAUCUCUUCUUCAGCUUUUUCUGCUUAUUUCCUCAGCUCAAGGAACUGAUAGCGAAAGUCACAAUCAAGAUGAAAAAAGUAGCAUUACUGAAGAAUCUAAGCUCUUCAAAAUGCUGACUGUAUAGGUGUGAAUAUCUUGUAGUUAGCAUGGCCACAGACAUCUUGUGAACUGAAGGAAGCUUCUGUGUUUGUCUGUGAAAAAAAAACGACAUAGCAGCGGUGGUCCUGGAAGACUUUUGUAUGAUAUGAAUUCUUGUUAAUGGCUUCUUCAACUCGUCUCCACACCUUUACAAGGCAAAUAUAAGAAAGCAAUAUAACACCGAUUACACCUACAGUAGACUUGCAGUGGUUCAAUGAUGAUUCUAUAACAGAUUUUUAUUAAUUCCUCACAUCUAGCCAUGAGCAAAGCACCAAACAAAGCACAACACUAUAUGACCAUAUAUCUUUGGCUACCAAAGCAUUAGGGGUGUAACGACACAGCAUAUAUAUUGUAUCAUUCGAUACGAGGUUCUCAAUUCAAUAUGUCAAUACAUUCAACAGGCUGCAUAGUAAAGUAGGCUAUUUGGCAUAAAAUACUGCUUAUAUUACAUGAGGUGCAAUAAACAUUUAAACUUAAUCAAGACCAUAGACUCUCUUCUAUGGUUAAAACGUCAGACUACUGAUCGAAAGGUCAUGAGUUCAAAUCCCAGCGUUGCCAAGCCGCCACCACUGGGCCUUUGAGUAAGGCCCUUAACCCUCAAUUGCUUAAUUGUAUAAAUGAGGUAAAUGUAAGUUGCUCUGGAUAAGGGCGUCUACCAAAUGCCUGAAAUGUUUUUCAUGAGCUAAUAUGCUAACAUACUAGCAUAUUAUUAGCAUAUUACCUCAAGAAAAGCAGCAACGGCUACAGCAAGCAGGAACUGAAAAGUUCCUACAGAUCUUUAAGUUCUGGUGUAUGAGACUGUCAUAUUUGGUUUCCCGUAAACAGUAAGUAAAACUCUGAUGGCCAGUGACCUAUGCUUCUAUGUCAGUUGGUAGAACUAGAUGAAAACAAAAAGCAGCACAUGCACACAUCUCUCUACUGAUUUAGUACAGGUUACAGAAAAUCACAGAGUUUUGGAGCUACCGAAAUGAGACCCUGCUCGGUAAAGGAGAACGCAGGAGUCAAAAACACAUUUGCACUACAGAGAGAUGUGCGACACGGAGUGCAUAACAAUCCAACAGCAGAAUUUAAAAAAAAAACCCUGCUAAAUAAACAAAUGUUGAAUUAGAUGUUUUAAUUGGUGGGUUAGUGGUUAGCAUGUUUGCCUCACAUCUCUGGGGUUGGGGGUUUGAUUCCCGCCUCUGCCCUGUGUGCGUGGAGUUUGCGUGUUCUUCACGUGCUUCGGGGGCUUCCUCAGGGUACUCCGGUUUCCUCCCCCAGGCCAAAGAUAUGCGUUAUAGGCUGAUUGACAUUUCCAAAUUUUCCAUAGUGGGUGAACAUGUGUACGAUUGUGCCCUGCCUACCCCAUCCAGGGUGUCCCCUGCCUUGUGCCCCAAGUUCCCUGGGAUAGUCUCCCUGUGAGCCUGUGUAGGAUAAGCAGUACAGAUAAAUGGAUGGAUGAAGUUUAUUACAUCUUAGUGCACAGCUUUAGUUCAGUUAUAUGCUGUUAAUAGUCAGAAUGGAUCACACAAACACUAUCAUUGUUGCAUUUCAAUUACAGUCCUUUUAUAAUGUUGAAUAUUUUAAUCAGUGGAAAAUGGAAACCUAAGACACCUUCAGACAAUGCUUAUUUAUAUUGUAUUGAAUAUGUAUUGCAUCGAGACACCACUGUAUCGAAAUCAUAUCAAAUUUGAAUUCUGUGGGUUGUUACACCCCUACAAAGCAC